AAUAAUUUAAAAAAUUUAAACAACUAUGUCAGACAUCUAAGAGCAAAUCAUAUCAUCAGAAGGCUAUAAAUAGAUUCAAUAAUAGUCAAUCACCCCUGAAGAUCCAAACAAUGCAAAAAAAAUAGAAACAGAAGAACCCAAAUAUUUUUAUUAAUUAUUAUUAGCUUAAUUUCUAGUAAUUAUCAUUUCAACUUAUUUACCCACCCAAAAAUACUUUAUCUAUACAUACACUAAUUAUCCAAGAAGCCAUAUCACUUUUGAAUCAUAUUGUUAAACAUAUGGUAAAUGUAGAGAAAGUUAUUACUAUUACAAUUCUUACUACUUUUAAUAAGAUCAAAAUUAAUAUGAAAUUUUUAAGAAUUCUGUUUCUGAAGAAAUAAAGGUCUAUACAAAGCUAUUUUACUUUUCUCUUUUCAUGUUCCCUUCAUUUUUGGUGUUGUAAUCAAUUUUUAGAAAUUGCAAAUUAUUUGUAAGCUUUUUUAUUUAUCGUAAUAGAAAUAAAAAUAGAGAGUUCUAUAUUUUCUGUAAUUUCCUCUAGGGAGUCUAUUUAUCUAAGUUUGUAUGCAUCUAGUCAGAUAAACUUAAAGUAAUAUCAUUAUCUAUUAUUAUUAUAGUGAAAUAAAGUAUUUUACAACUAAGAAUAUUGCUGUCAUUUUAAUUGGGAAAUAUUUUAUUGUUAUAUUUGAAUCAAAAAUUUUUCAAAAAGUAACUUGAAAUCAAAUCUACAAUUUAAAAAUGUGUUAAUUAUUCCUUCAUUAUUAUUUGUCUAAAGGGAAUUUAAGAUUUUAUCACUUUAAAUCAAUCUAAUUGGAUACCUUAUAUUUUAUUUAUUUUAUAUUCUUAAGUACAUUUAUUACAUCUAAAUCAAAACUUAUUCAAUGUAAAAGAUAUAAUUAAUUUUAGUAAAAUAAUAAAUACAUAAUUAUUAAUAAAUCAGUUCUAUGCCUAAUUAAAUAGAAAUUAAAAUCUCUUUUUGAUGUUUAAGAUGUUUAUAAAGAAGUAGCAGAAACACAUUUUGUCAUUUCAAACAAAAUGAUGUAUACUGGAAUUAUUGGUAGUAUUGUUGCCAUGAUUUUAAGAGAUUACAUUUUUAAUAUCAUAAGUUUUUCUGUUCUAAGUGGAAUUUUCUCCAUUUUAGUUUGGGAUACAUCACUUGUAUCUACAGUAAUUUAUUAUCAUAUUCAUAUGUUUAGAAAUCAAAAGUCACAUUGAAAGAUCAAUAUCAAGCAGCAAAUUUAUUCUUUUUAGAUUUUUUAAUGCCAAUCAGAAAUAUUUUCAUGGCACUCCUAAUUUGAAAAAUAUUCAUAUUUUAAAUAAUAA